AUGCAGGAAGGGAUUGCGAGAGUUGUAGCGAGCAUUACCUUCAACACCGUCGAUUCCUCCGCCUCCGCCGUCGCCUUCUCCCCUCGCCUUCUCCUCCAAUGGUUUGAAAUGCGAAAUAUUCAACCCGUAGUAUCUUAUCCGCUCCCUCCCCUCCAUAUUCUGUACAGUACGUCGCCGCCGCCGGCCGCCGUUCUUCUCCGCCCGUCGGCCGCCGUGGCCGAUCCGGGAGACGGUGCUGGAAAGCGUGGCGGCGUACCACCACCACCAGCGGAUGCGCCGCAGGUUCCGCAAGAGCCUCUCCUGCCCGCUACACAAGGCUCACCGGCGGUGCGACGGGAGAGCUCCGACCCGUCCAUAAGUGCGGGGACGCAGGUCCGCGUCGCCAGCAUGUACAAGGCCACGGUUGAUGCGCCGGCGCAAAGGUCACCGUGCAUCUUCGUCUGGUGGUUUGGUGCAUGAGGAGAUUUUUCAUAGUAAUCAUAACAAUUCCUUUCCGAUGAGAAUAUAAGCUGAAACUAGACACAUCCUCAUCAG